AAUUUCACUAUUGAAUAUUGCGUGAGUUGUUAGUACAAGUGAAUUUUGAAGCUAAGCUCACACACGUUUUGGAUGACGGCUGUUGAGAGUAGCCAACGUGUAAAGGAAGAAAAGGAAAAGGAGGAGGAGGAAUUAAGUCUACAUCCACUUCAAGACUCGUGGUGUUAUUAUUUGUUCCAGUUCAAAAAGGGACUUCUUUGGGAUGCAUGUAUAGAAAAAGUAGCAACUUUCAGCACUAUUGAGCACUUCUGGAGUGUACUCACUCAUACAGUUAGACCGAAAGAUAUAACUAAUGGCAGCGAUUUAUAUAUGUUCAAAUCUGAAAUCAUGCCGAAAUGGGAGGAUCCGAAAAAUGAAAACGGAGGACGUUGGCUAAUCAAUGUUUCUCCACGACAAGACGUCAAUGUCUUAUGGGAUGAAUUGUUGAUGCUUCUAAUCGGUUCCGACUGGGAUACGGAUGAAGAGGAUAAACAGAUAUGUGGAGCAGUGUUCCAACCACGUGCUCGGGGUAGCAAGCUUUCAGUUUGGCUGACUAGUGACAAUGAAGAAGAAACUAUCGUAAGAAUUGGGAGGCGAAUUAAAGAGCGUUUAGCAUUAGAAGAUACGAUAUACUUUCAACCUGUUUCUGAUCAAAGAUCACAAAUUAGAGGCAAGGAUAUUUGUACUGGAAAAUAUGAAAUUUAGUUCUAUAUUAUUGCACUAACAUUUGUUUUGCAUUCCUUAUACUUCUCUUAGCCGAAUACGGAGAUUUUGUACAUGUUUUCUUUAAUCUCCCGUUUUUCCAUCGUUUUAAUCUUAAUAGAGGCAUUUAUUGCUAUCCAAUAAAGGAUUGUUUUAUAGAUCACAAGUUUAUGUUCCGGCCUUGUUUUCAUAAUUCCUUUCCAGAUUAAGGGUAUUACUCUUACCGUUUCGUUAAUUAGCUAUCUUAAAGAUAAACGAUGUAGAAUAUACCAAUUUUAUCAUUUCGAGAAGCAGUUAUAUGAGUAAUAUUCCCGAAGUUAGUAAAAUGCUUUGAAAUACGAUUUAACGUUCCUUUUAUUGUUUUAUUUUAUUUGAACAAAUAAAUGCUGGUAUAAGGG